UGUGCCAGGGAGACUGUUCAGUGUGGCUUAGACUUCAGCCGGACGGAGUCUGGCCAGCCUCGUCCCUGGCGUGUGAUACAAAAUAUAAUAGUUGGCAAAAUAGCAAGAGAUAAGUGAUAUUUUGUUUUAAGAAACAAAUUUAGUGCAUAAUAAAAACAUUGUCGUAUUGUGAAACAAAUAUUAAGUAUUUUCCGAUAAACUGAAAACUAUCUUUAGCGAUAACUAUUAGAGACAUUGUUAUCUCAAAGUAAACGAAUUGUCGAGUGCGAGCUUGAACGAAGAACGAAGUACACGCGCGCGGAAGGAAAUAGCUUUAAAAAUACUAGUCCAAAUAUUUGAGACGGCCUAAAUAUUAAUAAGAAAAUAAUUUGCUUUGAUAAAGUAAUUAAGUGUAGAUAAUUAAAUUUGUCUUUUAAUUUUAUACGAUAUUCAUAUUAAAGUAUUAAGAUAGUGAGAUUGUGAUUUUGACGAGAACACAGCGAUCGACAAAAUGCAUUCCAUACGCGCUCAUCACUCGUUAAGUAAGCACAGAAGUGUUUUACAAAUAUGGAAGAUCGCUGCAAGACACUUCGCCACAGAUGUAGAAUACAGACCAAUCAGGAGUGUCCUCGUCGCCAAUCGAGGAGAAAUCGCCAUUCGCGUGUUUCGUGCCUGCUCGGAGCUCGGUAUUCGCUCCGUAGCGAUUUAUUCGGAGCAAGAUAAAAUGCAAAUGCACCGGCAGAAAGCGGACGAAGGUUACUUAGUAGGCAAAGGAUUACCUCCGGUUCAAGCUUACCUGAACAUCCCCGAGAUCAUUCAAGUUGCCAAGGAGAACAACAUCGAUGCCAUACAUCCUGGUUAUGGGUUUCUGUCAGAGAGAUCGGAUUUUGCUCAAGCGGUGACUGAUGCUGGCAUUAGAUUUAUCGGACCUAGUCCUAAAGUUGUUCAGCAAAUGGGAGAUAAGGUGGCUGCUAGACAAGCCGCAAUUCAAGCGGGGGUGCCCAUCGUUCCAGGAACAGAUGGACCGGUAACGACUUCCGACGAGGCGAUAGAAUUCUGCAUGAAACAUGGACUUCCGGUUAUCUUUAAGGCAGCGUAUGGAGGUGGAGGACGAGGUAUGAGAGUCGUAAGACAAAUGGAAGAGGUCCGUGAGAUGUUCGAUCGUGCAUCUUCCGAAGCCGCGGCCGCUUUUGGAAAUGGCGCGAUGUUUAUCGAGAAAUUCAUCGAAAGACCACGUCAUAUUGAAGUUCAAUUACUUGGGGACCACGCUGGCAAUGUCGUGCAUUUAUAUGAACGCGAUUGUUCUGUGCAACGUCGUCACCAAAAGGUAGUCGAAAUCGCGCCAGCUCCAUCACUAUCAACCAAGAUUCGUGAUAAAAUGACCGAAUAUGCAGUUAAAUUGGCAAAACACGUUGGUUAUGCAAAUGCCGGUACUGUGGAAUUCUUAGUCGACGAAUCUGGAAAUUUUUACUUUAUUGAAGUCAACGCUAGAUUACAAGUUGAACAUACAGUAACCGAGGAAAUAACUGGAAUCGAUCUUGUGCAAUCUCAAAUUCGAAUCGCCGAAGGCAUGACGUUACCGGAGCUUGGCAUGACUCAAGAAAAAAUUACGCCUCAAGGAUUCGCGAUCCAAUGCCGAGUGACUACGGAAGAUCCAGCUAAGAACUUCCAACCGGAUACUGGAAGAAUAGAAGUCUUUCGUUCUGGCGAAGGCAUGGGUAUCCGAUUGGACGGAGCUUCCGCGUUCGCGGGAGCUAUAAUCUCGCCAUAUUAUGAUUCGCUUCUCGUUAAGGUAAUCGCUCAUUCCGGUGAUCUUCAAUCAUCUUGCGCAAAGAUGAAUCGAGCCCUUCGUGAAUUCCGUGUGCGCGGAGUAAAGACAAAUAUCCCUUUUCUAUUAAAUGUUUUGGAAAAUCAAAAGUUUCUCAACGGUAUUGUCGAUACGUACUUCAUCGACGAGCAUCCUCAGCUUUUUCAAUUACAGCCCAGCCAGAAUCGAGCGCAGAAGUUACUAAAUUAUCUCGGUUCGGUUUUAGUGAACGGUCCAAGUACACCAUUAGCUACUCAGCUGAAACCAGCAGACAUCAAACCGCAUAUUCCACAGAUUGCUCUAGACUUUGCUAAGCUUGCAGCUGCAGAAGAGACCAAAGAUCUCGAUGCUCCAGAUGUUUUGGAUCCUCCGAAAGGAUUCCGUCACAUUUACAAGCAGCAAGGUCCAGAAGCUUUCGCCAAGGCUAUUAGACAACACAAAGGUCUUCUUUUAAUGGACACUACAUUCCGCGAUGCGCAUCAAUCUCUUCUGGCAACUCGCGUCCGAUCGCACGAUCUGCUAACGAUCUCUCCAUUUGUCGCACACAAAUUCAACAACCUCUAUUCGUUGGAGAACUGGGGCGGCGCGACUUUUGAUGUGGCCUUGAGGUUUCUCCAUGAGUGUCCUUGGGAACGGUUGGAGGACAUGCGCAAGGCCAUCCCCAAUAUCCCGUUCCAAAUGUUGUUAAGAGGUGCCAAUGCUGUCGGAUACACAAACUACCCUGACAACGUGGUCUUUAAGUUCUGUGAAUUGGCUGUGAAAACUGGCAUGGAUAUCUUCAGAGUAUUCGACUCACUCAAUUAUCUGCCAAAUCUUAUCGUUGGUAUGAAUGCCGCUGGAAAUGCCGGAGGUAUCGUUGAAGCGGCAAUUUCCUAUACGGGCGAUGUGAGCGACCCUAAUCGUACAAAGUACAAUUUGAAAUAUUAUACCGAUUUGGCGGAUGAGUUGGUCAAAGCAGGCACACAUGUACUGGGGAUCAAGGAUAUGGCCGGAUUGCUCAAGCCAAGAGCAGCCGAGAUAUUGAUUGACGCGAUCAGGCAGAAGCAUCCGGAUAUACCUUUACAUAUACAUACACAUGACACUGCUGGAGCCGGAGUAGCCUCCAUGUUAGCCUGUGCAAAAAGCGGUGCCGACGUUGUAGAUGUUGCUGUUGACAGUAUGUCCGGCAUGACUAGUCAACCUUCUAUGGGCGCUAUUGUUGCUUGCCUUCAAGGAACGGAUAUUGACACAAAACUGGAUCUCCCUGACAUCUCGGAAUAUUCCGCAUAUUGGGAACAAACGAGAACGCUCUAUGCACCCUUCGAGUGCACAACAACGAUGAGAUCUGGAAACGCGGACGUUUAUCUCAAUGAAAUUCCCGGUGGACAAUAUACAAAUUUGCAAUUCCAAGCUUACUCGCUCGGUUUAGGCGAGUUUUUCGAAGACGUGAAGAAAGCGUAUAGGCAAGCCAAUCUCUUGCUCGGCGACAUCAUUAAAGUCACGCCAAGUUCUAAAGUUGUCGGUGAUUUGGCACAAUUUAUGGUUCAAAAUAAACUGACAGCUGAUGACGUACUGAAGAGAGCGGAAGAAUUAUCGUUUCCUAAAUCGGUGGUCGAGUUUCUUCAAGGCGCUAUUGGUGAACCUCAUGGAGGAUUCCCUGAGCCAUUGAGAUCGAAGGUUCUUAAGGACAUGCCACGCGUGCAGGGUAGACCAGGCGCGAGUUUACCACCACUUGACUUUGCCGCUUUGACGAAGGAGUUGAAAGAAUCGCAUCCACAUGUCAGCGAAAAGGAUGUCAUGUCGGCCGCGCUUUAUCCUAAAGUAACGAAGGACUAUUUGAAUUUCAAAGAACAAUUUGGUCCGGUAGACAAAUUGGAGACCAGAGUCUUCCUUACGGGACCUAAAGUGGGUGAAGUAUUUGAUGUCACAAUUGAAAAAGGUAAAACUCUUGGUAUCAAAACUCUUGCGGUUGCCGAAGAUCUUACGAAGAAUGGCGAACGUGAAGUAUUCUUCGAGAUGAACGGUCAGCUGAGGUCUGUGUUUAUCAAGGAUAAAGAGGCUGUCAAGGAACUGCAUGUGCAUCCGAAAGCGGUGAAAGGUGACAACAACCAACUAGGGGCACCGAUGCCCGGUGAAGUGAUUGAUAUCAGAGUAAAAAUAGGCGAUACUGUAGAAAAAGGUGCACCCUUAGUCGUAUUAUCUGCCAUGAAAAUGGAGAUGGUCGUACAGGCGCCGAGAGCAGGAAAAAUCAAGAGUCUUGACAUCAGCUUGAAUAUGAGACUUGAAGGAGAUGAUCUCAUCUUAACAUUCGAAUAAACUUUCGACAAAAAUGUUCCAAAUCAUUGUUGCAAGUCUUCUUCCCAUAAAGAUGGCAUAAAAUAUUUAUUGCAAAAACUGUUGUAAACUGCUUGCUUCGGUAAGAUAUGAUGAAAUCUUUGCCAUGCGGAAAUGAAUCGAGUUUUUCUUUGUUAAAUGCUACUUUAAAAUUCUGUAUAUAGUUAUAAUUUUGUUCAAAAUUAUCAAUUACUACAUAUAUUUAAAUAAUCAAGUGUGGACAUAUAUAUGUAUAUUUUUCGAAAUAUUUAGGAGUUCCGGUUUGGCGGACCCUGUAUCAUAAACAAAUCUUUACAUA